CAUCUCAUACAGCAAACAACGCGGUACAUAAACAGACCCCAUGUCCCACGAGAGUUGACAUUAAAUUCUGCAUGACCAGAAUAUUACUACAAUUGAAUACAUCCUCUUAAAAAUCCACACAUUCCCAAAACCUCAGUUUUAAAUAAACAACCACAUAUUCCCAACAACAAACUUAAAUGAGGAGCAACAACGGCGGUGCAACACCGCUAUUGGUGGCGGAAGGAGGAGUACAUGGCGGAGGAAAGAGUGUGAAGGAAGAAAAAUUAUGGUUUGAAAGAAUAGUAGAUGUAAAGGAGGCGAAAGAUCAGAUAUUAUACUCACUCCCAAUGAUCCUUACCAACGUGUUUUACUAUCUUAUUCCGAUUGUUUCUGUUAUGUUUGCCGGUCAUCUUGGUCAAAUUCAACUUGCUGGUUCUAAUCUUGCUAAUUCUUGGGCUACUGUUACUGGUUUUGCUUUCAUGAUGGGUCUAAGUGGUGCCCUCGAGACAUUAUGUGGUCAAGGAUUUGGUGCAAAAGUGUAUCAAGUGCUAGGGAUAUAUCUUCAAGCAUCAUGUAUAGUCUCAAUCGUUUUCUCAAUAAUGAUAUCGAUAAUAUGGUGGUUUACAGAACCCAUUCUAAUGUUGUUACAUCAAAGCCCUGAAAUAUCAAAAGAAGCAGCAGUUUACAUGAGGUUUCUUAUACCAGGAAUAUUCGCGUAUGGCGUUCUACAAAACAUCUUAAGAUUCCUCCAGACACAAUCUGUUGUUUUACCCUUAAUACUAUUCUCACUUGUGUCGUUGGUUUUGCACUGUGGCCUUAGCUACUUACUGGUUCAUUGCACAACUCUUGGUUAUAAGGGAGCACCCUUGGCUACGUCCAUCACAUUUUGGUUAUCUGUUGUUAUUUUGAUGAUUUAUGUGACCAAUUCUAAGAAAUUUGUGCAUACUUGGAGAGGGUUAUCCAAGGAUUCCUUCUGUUACAUAUUGACAACCUUGAAAUUGUCAUUACCUUCUGCCGCUAUGGUUUGUUUAGAGUACUGGGCAUUCGAGAUCUUGGUGUUCUUAGCUGGGAUAAUGCCAAAUUCAGAAGCAACUACCUCUCUUAUUGCAAUGUGUGUUAACACAGAAGCAAUUGCUUAUAUGUUUGCUUACGGCUUGAGUGCUGCAGGAAGCACAAGGGUUUCAAAUGAGCUAGGAGCAGGAAGAACGAAUGAAGCAAAGCAUGCAAUGGGGGUUACAUUGAAGCUGUCAGUAAUUCUAGCAGGGGUUGUUAUUGUGGGUCUAAGCUUAGGACAUAACAUUUGGGCAGGCUUCUUCAGUGGAAGUAGCACUAUAAUCGAAACUUAUGCUUCCAUGACUCCUCUAGUUUGCCUUUCAAUAUUCUUUGACUCAAUUCAAGGCAUAUUAUCAGGGGUAUGCAGGGGAUGUGGCUGGCAGCAGUUUGCUAUGUACAUAAAUUUGGGAACAUUCUAUCUCAUCGGCAUGCCUAUUGCAUGCUUACUCGCCUUUCAGUUUCAUUUGGAUGUCAAGGGUCUUUGGAUGGGUUUAAUAUGCGGCCUGAUGGCGCAGUCUAGUUCGCUUUACCUGAUUACUCGACUCAAGAAGUGGACAACCCUUGAGCUGUCUCCUGAUGACAAUGGAUAUUCAGUUCUAGCUUGAUCGUUCUACUGUUCUAGUUAGGAUUUAGGAACCAGAACAAUAUUUGUUAACAUACCAGAUGAUACUAACCAUGCACCAUUGAAUUAAGAUUUGGGGUGCGUUUAAUGUAGCGUUUUGCGACAAAUUCUUGGAUUUGUGUGAGUCAGUAAUGCAAUGAUAGAAGCGAAUGGAGGAAGAUAAUCUUUGUUGCUAAAACGGGUUAAGAAAUGAGCAGGAUGGUCAACUACAUUCAUUGCUAUUUGCUAGCUGCGCAGCAUACUCAAUACAGCCAAUACAGGACUAACAGGAGUGAAGGACUAAUCCGAUUCCUAUCUAGUAUGGUUUUGGACCUUUUGGUUUGGGCAUUGUUAAACUUUGUCUAGACCCUAAUUCAAUUUCAAGUAUUGGGAACAUUAAAUCCUCCUUCCUCUAUUUGUUACUUAUCUUUUUGUCUUGCUAGUUCAAAUUACAAUAUCAAUUUGAUUGCUAAUUCAUCA